GCUGUAAAUGAUGGUCGCGGGCUAGCACGGCUAAGCAAAGAUCAUCAUCGAAAAGUCGAUGCCGACAACCGUGUAAGAUAUCGAUUAGGAUAUCAUUAAGUUCUGGUCGCCGUAGUCGACCAGUCGGUGAUAGAGUCAGUCCCCCUAUUCCAGACGUUACGGUAUGACCAUUCGCCGCGGUGUGGUACCAUUGUUAAUGUGCGGCAUGCUCCACGGUGCAACGGUCAAAGCUAGCGACAGUGAUAGUGAUAACGCAGUUACAACCGCCGUCGACUCCGACCAGAUGGACGUGCUCGUGCAUGGGAAGACCGCCGAAGGCGCUGGAGAUUGCGUGGUAACGGUCGACAAAACGGAAGAGUCCGAUUCGGGUGUUGACGACAGCGUUCAAGUCAGCGGUGAUCAGCAGCCCUUAUGUCAGCAGUUUCGCAUGCAUAUUCGAGAGGCCAAUGUUGACAUGUGGCUUCUCAAUUCCGAAGUCUGGGAGUUGUUGCACCCGUUUGGCCACGAAAUGCUGAUUAAUACGUCUGGCCGAUACAUGCGACCAGACGUACGUGUGGAAGUACGAGGGCUUCAGCCGGAAAAGCUCUACCACCUUCGUGUAAGGAUAUCGGCCAUAUCACCUAUAAAGAUGUCAUUUCGUAGGGGACGUUGGGAAUACAGUACUAAUGAAGCUGCCGCUGAUAUCUCCGUGGUUCACGAGCAUCCGGAUUCCCCGCGCUCCGGACAAUUUUGGCUCGACAGUUUUAUCAUAUUUGACGCUAUUAAACUUUACAGUACAUCUGCGAGUGAUACACCAACGGAGGGCGGUGACGGCUCGCGGUUAGUUUUAGAACCCCGUCGGAAAUAUCAGGUCAUAAUUGAGCUGGAGGAGGCCCUGGGAGGCGAACUACACCACUUCGAGUUCGAGCAGCUACAAUUCAUUUCUGUCACUGCCUGGCAUUCCGCAGCAGUCAAAAAUUAUAAAGUUAAACCCCACCAGUAUGCGAACCCAACACGAACGCGUCCUGUUGACGAAGUUGACGCUGCUCUUGGGGCAAGGGCCGUUCCGCCAACAUUCCAGGUUCUUGACGAACGAGGGCAGGUAGUUCGAGGGGCUCUCAAUCCGCACGCCGUAAACAUCCUGUGCAAACCCCCACAAGCACAUGGGAGUGCUCGAGUACACAAGCUUGGUAUCAUUCACGACGCGGGAAUAUCGGCAGCUGGCGGAGAUGGCAGCUCUGCUCCUGCACUGUCUGCGCCUUCAGGCCACGAGACCCAACGCGCCUUGAGACUUCUCCACGAACCUUCAGCAAAUCCAGAGAUGCAGGGAGAGAGAACAGCGUCCGAUUUAGAGCAAGCGAAUAUGGAUUUACAGGAGUCGUAACUGCGUCACAAUGAAAUGAUGACAGAAAGUUACGGCAUAAAAAAAAUAAAAAAAUUAAAAAAAAAACAAAUUUAAAAAUAGCCGAGGAAAAUAAUCCAAGGAGUUUAGCUAGGAUUUUUCGAUACUGGCCAGUACCCGGAAGUGAGCGUGGUUCGUAGGCUCGUAAGUCCAAGGCGUCUGUCUAUAGAAACUUGAAGCUCUACGCUGUUGAAGCGUUGCGAUUAGAACGUAUGUGUUUACGUACCCAUACACGUACUCCGAAGAAUUGGCAGUUCAGAGAUGCUACGGUCGUCAAGGUUGUACUACUUGCCAGCCAUAAUACGAGGUUUUAUAACGAAAGCACACCGAACAUAACAUUGACAAUGUGAUUUUAGUGAUCGUGUUCGCCCGGCCUGUUUCAUGUUCAAAACUAACUGUAUUCUCCGGAAAUAUUAUGGCGAGUUAGUGUUUAUCACGCGUCGGUCGUGCCUACAUAAGCGAUCCUGACAUUUGUUCAAGUCACAAAGCUUCUAACGCAUAGUCCUGCCAAUAACACUAGGAAGAUGCAAAUUGCCUUGCUUACAAAAGUAUUGCAUUGGGUAUCUUCAACGAAGUUCCUAUAUGAGAAGUUGUGGCCGGAUCGGAGGUUUGCUUAGCAAGCCAUUAAUUUAAAGCUCAAGGCUUCCGAUUGGUCUAAUAGAGUACGGACUGUAUUAGCUACAUGGCGGGCCUGGCUCGCCAUUCACGUGCGAUUGAUUCGGAAAAUAUCCAAAGGCAAUUUUUAGGAUAGAAGCUUUAGCAUAUGACUGCAGCACAAUUACAUCACAAUCACAUGCAUCAUGUGGCCAACGGUUAUCAAAGUGCCCUGAUUAUCAAGGUUUGUCAUGAUAUGGACGACUGUGUUAAUUUCUGAAAUAUAAGACUAAAACAGCCAGAUUGUUUGAGUGUGGCCGUGUAACACAUGGA